UACAGGUUAUCCUCUGGGGUGCUAUUCCACGCUCUUCUGGUGAACGAGACUGCAAAUUUCGAUUUGACACCAACCAAUAAACUCUCAUCUUUCGGAGCUGCCGUACCAAAAAGCUCACCACUUUCACUUCACCCGUCGUGUUUAAUGUCCACACCAUAAACGAACACACCUUUGUUUUUAUUGAUUGUAGGAGCUAAGAUGAAUUCCUUGAUUGUGAAGCCCUCUUCUUUUGUGCUGCAGUCUUCCUUCACUGUCUUCUCAUCGUAUAAUAACACUAAACAAUCUAUUCCUUCGUCGGUUCGCUUCCCACGGAAGAUUAAAAGUAGCACGGGAUUGGGUUUGAGAGUUAAAGCUUAUGAUUCUUCCAAGAGCGAUGAUGGGUCUAAAUCCAAUGAUGAUUCCAAGCCUCCUCAUGGCAGUCUGAAAAAUCAGCUGCCUAAGACCAGGCGAGAGAUUCUAUUGGAGUAUGUGAAAAAUGUGCAGCCGGAGUUCAUGGAAUUGUUCGUGAAACGAGCUCCUCAACAGGUUGUUGAGGCAAUGCGGCAAACAGUGACGAACAUGAUUGGAACACUGCCCCCGCAAUUCUUUGCUGUGACAGUCACCACCGUUGCUGAAAAUCUUGCACAACUCAUGUACAGUGUUAUGAUGACUGGAUAUAUGUUUAAGAAUGCACAAUACCGAUUGGAAUUGCAUCAAGGUUUAGAGCAGGCUGCUCUUCCUGAGGUGCAAGAGAAAAAGGAUGUUCCAGAUUACGCACCCGGUACGCAAAAGAAUGUGUCUGGUGAAGUUAUCAGGUGGAAUAAUGUUUCUGGCCCCGAGAAAAUAGAUGCUAAAAAGUACAUUGAGUUACUUGAAGCAGAGAUUGAGGAACUAAAUCGUCAAGUUGGCAGAAAUUCUGCUAAUGGUCCAAAUGAACUGUUAGAAUAUCUCAAGUCUCUUGAGCCCCAAAAUUUGAAGGAGUUGACAAGUAGUGCUGGAGAGGAUGUCGUAUUUGCAAUGAAUACGUUCAUUAAGCGUCUUUUAGCUGUUUCGGAUCCUAACCAAAUGAAGACAAGUGUAACUGAGACUAGUGCACCGGAACUAGCGAAGCUUCUUUAUUGGCUCAUGGUGGUUGGAUACAGCCUUCGUAACAUUGAAGUCCGAUUUGAUAUGGAAAGAGUACUCGGCACCCCUCCAAAGCUCGCCGAGUUACCCCCAGGAGAAGAUAUUUAAAUGCUGGCAGUUUCAACUGCUAAUAUACUCGAUAGCAAAUUUGGAGAACAUCAACAUGCUAUUAUUUACGUGGAGAAGCUGGGGGUGGUUAAUUCAGGGGGAUUUGCUGCAGGAGAAAACAUGGAAAUUUUGUGCAUGCCUUGCACGUUUGGCUUCUAUUUUAUCCAAAAUUUAUGAUGAAACAAAGUCUUUUCACUCGUAAUUCUUACCUU